AUGUCGUCUGAUGCUCCUCCACCACUACAUGAGCGUGUGCUCGGUUUAUUUGAGCCUACGCUCUUGUUGGUUAUGGCUAUUUCUCACUAUAUCCAAGUCUGCAUCGAAGCCAUCAAGCGAGGCGAGAUCCUCGCCCCAAUCACGCAGACGGCAAAACUUCGGGAUGAAGCCUUUGCUCGAUUCUGGAUUGCAUUUACUACAUCUCGACCAGGACCACCCCCUCCCACCAACGAACCGACCCAAAUCCAGCCCUCAUCUCUAAUCCCACCACUCCUAAAAACCGCCUCCGGCAUCGUCCUCGACAUCGGCCCUGGAACAGGCUCUCAAAUGCCCCUCCUCAAAUCCCCGGCAAUACGCGCAAUCUACGGCGCAGAACCCUGCACAGGUCUACACAAAGCGCUCCAUUCAAAAGCAGUCGCCGAAGGCCUAGGCACGAAAUACCACAUCCUCCCCUGCAGCGUAGCGCCCUCCGAACUCCUCCCUGCCCUAGACGCAACCGAUACCGGCGUGACAGACUCCCAUAAAGCCAACGGAGACGGAAUCUUCGAUACAAUCAUCUGCGUGCGAGUACUCUGUUCCGUGCCGGAGUUAGACCGGACGAUGCGUGAGCUUUACGCGUUGCUUAGACCAGGUGGGAAGGUGCUUGUUAUGGAGCAUGUUGUUAAUCCGUGGCGGACGGCGAAGGGGUCUAUGGCAGCGCGGAUUGCGCAGGGGGUUUAUCAAAUACUGGGUUGGAGCUUUUUUAUUGGCGAUUGUUGUUUGGAUAGGGAUGUUGAGGGGGCGUUGAGGGGGGCUGCGGAUGGGGAUGGGGGGUGGGAGAGUGUGGCUAUUGAGAGGUGGAUGGGGUGGUCGGCGUUGCCGCAUAUUUCGGGGGUUUUGAUUAAGAAGAGUAAGUAG